UGGUGUCGAUGGUGAGGAGGGCAUGGUUGGGAUCAUUGGAUCAGUUGGGCCGGUGGGACUGAAAGGACCAUCAGGUGAAAAGGGAAAUCUGGGAUUCCCUGGAGUUCCUGGAUUAAAAGGUCUCAGAGGAGGAAGAGGACGUCAAGGACCGGCGGGAAUAAAAGGCCUGACUGGACGAGAAGUACGGAGUGAAAAAUCAAAGGACAGAGUGGCCUUCAAGGGCAAGCGGGAGAGCAGGGACCUCCUGGGGAAAAGGGUGAGCCUGGUUCCAGAGGAUGCCCAGGUUCGGUGGGUAAAUACGGACCGGGCGGUAACACUGGACCUGAUGGCGCAAAGGGUGAUAAAGGUGAACUUGGACUUAUUGUGA